AUGAAGCCGCCGGCACUCAAGGAGUUGAUAACUGCAUUUUCUCGCGAGCAGAAGGAGAAGGUGUAUGUACAGCACAAGCUGAAGGAGAAGUCAGCAGAGGUGAAACAGAUGAUAGCAGACGGUGGCUACAUCUACGUAUGUGGCGCCACCAGCAUGGGCAAGCAGGUUCGCGACGAGCUAGAGCUUGCGCUGGGCAGCGCAGAUUACCUUGAAAGGCUAAAGACAGAGCAGCGUUAUGUGGAAGAGCUGUGGUGA